UUUUGGGGUUUUUUAUGAUUUUUUUUGGAUCCCCCGGUCUUGUGUACUGUAGCGAACUGAUUGAUCAGGAGAAAAAGGAAGUGAAGAAAGAGGAAUUUUGUUGCUGGUGUUGGUUAUAGGAAGCUUGAAAAUUUUGUAUGACUUUGUUGUUGAUUGAUGGGCUUGAGGAACAUAGAGAAGAUGGUUUGCUAUCAUUUGGGGUUCUGAAAGGGACAAGCCAAGGAAAAUUUUUGUUGUUGGAGAAGGAGAUCUUGCAUGGUGGGAGGAUUGGUGGUCUCUGCUGCUAUGGCUGAUCAGGAUCUGUGUGGAGGGACUCGAUCGAAUACGGCUCCUCCGGCAGGCGAUGGAAUUUCAUUGAAUGCUGGCCUGCAUGCAGUAACUGGUCCCCAGCUUAAGGAGCAGUUUACUUUUGAGAACGACUACUCUCCGAAGGUGAGGAAACCGUACACAAUCACGAAACAAAGAGAAAGAUGGACAGAAGAUGAGCAUAAGAAAUUUCUUGAAGCCUUAAAACUUUAUGGCCGAGCUUGGAGACGGAUUGAAGAGCAUGUAGGCACCAAGACUGCAGUUCAGAUUAGAAGCCAUGCUCAGAAAUUCUUCUCUAAGGUUGUGAGAGAGGCAAGUGGCAACAACACAAGUACACUGGAACCUAUUGAAAUCCCUCCUCCUCGACCAAAGCGAAAGCCUAUGCAUCCCUAUCCCCGCAAAAUGGUGCAUCCCCUUAAUAAUGAAUCCUCAAUUCCAGAGCAGCCACUACGGUCUUCAUCUCCAAACUAUUCAAUUUCAGAACAAGAAAACCAAUCGCCAACAUCAGUAUUAUCUGCAGUUGGUUCUGAUGCUCUUGGUUCAAUUGAUUCAAAUACACCAAACAGUAGCUUAUCCCCAGUUUCCUGUGCUGGUGGUUCGCAUCCUGCUGACUCCUCAAUUUGUGAACCCAACUUGACACCUGAAGAUCAUGGAUCAACAUCACCAGCCCCAACAACUGCUGCAGCUCUUGAUGAGCAAUCUCCCAAGGUCGAGAAACUUGGCUUAUAUCCCAGAGAAAAUGUCUUCUCCGAAGAGGGUUUAGCGGAGGAAACAUCCACUCGGAGUCUCAAGCUCUUCGGAAGGACUGUACUAGUCACUGAAAGCCCCAGUCACAGACCAUCUUCUCCAACUAUAGGGAAUUCUAAAUUACUGCCAUUAUUAGACACGAAUGAUAGAAAACCUGUGCAAUCUUUGCCAUGGAACUUUAUGGCCACAGAACUGCAACAUGGGAAUGGGGAAUGCACUUGGAGUCAUUUGUCACAUGGGCCUCCUGGAACACUUUAUUGCCUGCAAUUCCAAAAGGAAAACUCCAAUUCAGUAGAAGCUGGUUCUGCUGCUCCCCUGCCAUUGUGGGCUUUUUGUGGAGGUAUGCCUUUUCCUUUGGUACCCUUUCACAAGCAGGAGCCUUUGAAAGUACAUUUGGACUCUAAUGGUGAAGAAAUACAAGAUAAAGAAAUUCACAAGGAAGGAUCCUGGACUGGUUCUAACUCUGGAUCAGUAAAUGAGGGGGAAAAUGUAGAUAAAAAUAUAGAUGGCGAGACCCAGAGUCCUCAACUUUCUUAUGAGGAAAAAGAACCACACACGGUUCUUGAGCUGAAACCAAGUGAGAAAUCAGCUUCCACAAAUAAGUGUGUGAAAGGAUUUGUGCCAUAUAAAAAACGUAUGGCAGAAAGAGACGGUCAAUCAUCAACAAUAACAGGUGAAGAGAGGGAAGAACAAAGAAUCCGCCUUUGCUUAUAGCACCUAGGCCUCAUGGAAUAACCCCAAGUUUCCCUUAAUAAGAACAGAAAUGUGUAAUUAGUUGAGGAAUUGAUCUGGGAACAGUUUCAGUUGAUGGACUCUGGCUUUUUCAAGUCAAGAUGGGAGAGAAGGAAGAAAGGAGCUUAAAAGUAGGUGUCUUCGGCAACUGUUGCGAAUUCUUGAUCUAGUUAUUUAGCAUUUUACCUUCAACUGCUUAGAUCCUUUUUUUUUUUUUUGGAAUUUUCAUUUUGGUCCUUGCAAUUAGCUCUGUUUUACCUUAUAUUCUUUUGCUUCUUUGAACUGUGAAUCCUUUAGUUCCUAGUUUUGUCCUGGCCUUUGUACAAUACCUGAAAGUAGUGGUUAUUGUAAUUUUUUGUGCUAUUAAUAAGGCAAGCAAAGCUGGGCUGAGAUCUCUAUGUUGUAA